AUGGCGGGUCUCUUCGGUAUGAAGAUCCUGCUGCUCUGGGCUGGAAUCAUCAGUUUGGCAAACUGUAAGUAACAAACUGAAUCUAUUUUUUUAUGACAAACUGUAGAAGGAAGUGAUAUUUGGUGAAGUUUCCCCCUCGUUGUCUGUCAUCUUAAAGUCAUCAAGAGGAAAUAUGAUCUGUUAAUGAUGCGAAAUAUGAACGAUAGCCAACUAUAGGUGGUUGGGUCUCUUAUUCUAGGCUCUUCAAUGUUUCUGAAGUGGCAGCAUGUGGUGCUUUAGCAUGUGAUCAUGUUUACAGAAAAAGGUGAAACUCCUGAAUCUGAGAGAAACGGAGUGAGAUAGAGACAUGAAUCCGUCAGCACAAAACUCAGACUGUAAUCAUUUGAAGGAAAAGCUGAGGGCAGGAAUGACAAGCUACAGUAUAUCAUGUCUUUGAGCCGCGUCAACGUUUGUGCUACUUCAUGUUUCUUAAACUUUCCAAAGCCAAGAACACAAGAUAUUAGAGCGCACAGCGGUGAUGUGAGGAGCUGGGGAAGUGACAGCUUUGUGAGGCCCUUUGGCAAAAGAAUAAACACUUAUGUUCAAUCAAAGACGGCUGUUAAUAACAAGACGCUCUUUAAAACGGCGUCUUUCAUUUGCUACACAGCUGUGGGAAUUUUUGCAAUCAUGUUUCUGUUCUGCUUUGACAUUGUGUGUGUUAGUGUGUAUGUGUAUGUGUGUGUGUAUGCGCGCUCUUGAUGGUGCAAGUGUAAAUGUAUUUGUGUGUUUUUUUGAGGGAUGGGGAGGGGGGUGUCUGUCAGAGAUGAGAAAAUUAGUCGGGGUGUGUCGCUGCGAGCACUUCACAUCAACCCUAGUGGCUGUGUGUGUGUUGUAUAUGAUACACAUCUGAGCGUCUGCGUGUGUGUGUGUGUGUGUGUGAGUGUGUGUGUGCAGCCAGACCUACCUUGCUGCCUCUUGCAUCAUUCAGAGUUCUGCUACAGUUCAGCACAUCAAAUAAUUUCUGCUAUUUUCAGCUCAGAUGUCUCUAUACGAGCUGAAAUCAACCCUCCUUUCUAUUUAUUUCGGCCAUCACUCAGGGUCAGCAUUUGUCAUCUGUUUCUCAAAAAGCGCUGUAGAUAAGCCGCCAAGGUAAACCGCAUCCACAGAUUAAUCUUAUCGACACGUCUUCACCUCUCAGUCCUUCGCUUAGCUGCCAUCAAAAAUAGAUAUAGAAAUAAUGUGUAAACGCAAUAUUAAUCUCAAACCUUAUCUAUAAAUUAACUAUAAGACCUUUCUAGAGCUGUUUUAUUCAAGCCCAAUACUAAAAACUCAAGUCUUUGUACUUACACUGCUUUCCAGAGACAUACAUGAACAUUAAUCAUAUAAAGUUUUCAGAACAGUUUCAAAUAACAAAACCCGUUUCAAACCCAAAAUAUUUAGAUUACUGUCCAGUAAAUAAAACCACCAGAUCUACUACCAGCUUGGCAUGAAUAUGCAUUUUUUACCUGUAAACAAGUGGAGAAAAACUAUUAAAGCUCCUUUGAGUUUGUGUGAAUUUGGCACCCCCUGUGGACAAAUCUGUUACUGCAUUUCCUUUGUGGAUUUUGUCCUCUACACUGCAAAACUGAAAACUAAGUAAGUGUUUUUGUCAGAUUUUAGUUUACACUUAAAAAUGAUCAAUUCAGAUAACAUUUUAUUUUAAGAUAUUACACACCAAAAUUAAGACUUUCAUUAUUUGUAACAACCAAACCAAUCAUACACUGGAGGAGGUCAUUUAUUGUUAGCUUUCUUGAAUUAAGACGUUGCACUUACUUCAAAAAAAUGCUACUUAUCAGUUUUUGAGGAGCAUGCAGGAUCUUCAAUAAAAAGAAGUGUAUCUGACUUUUGACAGUCAAAGUCUCAUUAAUUAUGAACAUUUUAUGAAUAAGUAUUAAAAACGAGGCUUUGACUUCAGCUGCUCAGAUGAACCAUAACCCCUCACGCCCGUUUCAGGCAUUAGAACUUAGUAUAUAAAAACCAUCACUCUGUUACUGAUGGCCUUAUUUGCUGUUGAUAUCAUGACAUAAAUGGCAUCAGUUUGAAUUUCAGUCUAAUUCACUAAAGUCCACAAAUCCCCCACAGGAGCUUUAAUUCCAAUAAAACAAAUUAUACUCAAGACAAAGAAGUUUUUCAGCAACCAUGAGCGAUCGGUGUUAUCAACAGAAUAUUUCCACCCUGCUUUAUUUCAACAGUCAAACAUGUGAUGUGUUGACAAUCUUUGCAGUGGAAAAUGUUAAAAAGGCUGUUUCAACACUGCACCACCAAUGUGCCAAUGUGUGAUGUUUAUCACCAGAACCGGCACCCCUCCUCUCUCCUUGGUGGUUUGUAAGGAGGUUUUCACUCGGCUAACUAACUAUCAAAUGGUAGGUGGAGGGGUUUAAAUCUGAAGUUCCCAAAAGAGUGAAUCCCACAUACUACUCUUACUCAGCUUUACUGUUGUUGAGGGAAAAAAAAAAUCACAAUAUCCUUCUGGGUCUUUUUUAAAGUGCAUUUAGGGGUACUGAUGUCAUUUUCUCUAAUAACAGCAUUUUGCUUAUUAUGAAACAAUAGACAUGAUCACCUCGUAUCACCUCAAAACACGUCGUAGAAAAAGUUUGAUGAAAGUCUUGUGCUCUUCGGCAUACAUUUUAAUUUGUUUUAUAACAAGUUUAACUCUUUAUAAGAGCUCUGAAUGUUGUUUUCUGUUCGGCAAUUUCUAUGUCUGAUAUUUCUUGCCAUAAACUUUCGUUCUUUCAGGUGAAUUGAGGUUUUAUCACAAUAUGGUUUAAAUGAAAUGCUUUUAGUCGCAUUUGUCUUUUUUGGCUAUUUUUACAUCUUUAAUCAUCAAAGUUUGAAAUUCUAAAGUCCUUGUUAACAAUGUAAAAUAAACUUGCGUAUUUGUCCUACGAUAAAAGCCCUACUGUAGUGGGAUAGUACCAUUAUGUGAGGGAUAAUCAUGGUGAACAGGCAGGUUUCCGAGCAGAGUUCUAACGCUGUGAGACGAGACCUCAGUGUAAAGCUUUUGCCUCAGUGUCAACAAGUAGAAGUAAGAUGAGGGAGCUGAUGGAUUUAAAGACUGACAUGUGUGACCUGGUUGUUGCUUCUGACGGUUGUCGAGAGGUUGGCAGGAGGGUUUCAACCAAUCAGAACCAAGUGUUUAGUGAGAAAGCUCAGUAAUGGUGAUGAUGAAUAAGCCCUCGAUACACUCUGACCUAUGCAGGAUGCUCAGAUAAACAUUUGAACGACACUCUUAUAGAAUAAAAUCUUCAAACUUUCAGGUGCUUUCAGGCUCAUGUGAGGUACUUUUGGUUUGUGUUGAUUGUGGCACCCCUGCAGACGACACAGUACAUCUUUUUGAUCUUGACCUGAAUGGUUAAAAAAAUUGUAUUUUCUGUUAAAGACUUGAAGUUCACAUGAGAGUCUGGCACCAUUUAAUGACAUUUAUCUGUUUAUAGCCGUUUUGUUCCUGUCAGUAUGUAGAUUUUUAAGCUGCCUUCUUCACAGUUGUGUGAUCAAAACGUUGACCACUUCCGCCUUUCAUUCUGAGUUGUCUUCAUUUCCUGUUCAAGCCGAGCAGAGAGGAGCAGAGCGCUGUGGGCAGAGCAGACUGAGAAAGAGUACAUGUACAUGCUUUGAGAAUUCAUGAAACAUAAAAGGGGGAAGUGCGGGGUCUGAAAUGAAGAAGUGACGUCAGACAUGUUGAGAAUGCUGUGCGGUGAAAAGCUUUUCCGGGAGGAGGGGGACAGUACUCUGCGGUGAAUGCAAGAUAUGAAGGGAGAGCAGAAGCAGUUUAAAAAUAAGUUAAAAGUUGAUCACUGAUGAGGAGAGACUAAUACGGAUGUGUAGCACGCUGACAGAGAUGUGCUUAACAGUUGAUGAUAUUUAAGUCACAGUUGUAGCAAACUGUAAAAAUUGGAUAGCCGAAUUAAUUUCCUAUGGCUGCUGGUCUUUUCUUCUUUAUUUUGCUGCUUUUUCUUCCGCUUUAGACUUUUAACAGUCCAGUAUAAGAGCUCAACCAUCACACCUUCAUUUCACACUUUCAGGGCACUGAAAAAGGAAGUAUAACUGGCUUAACUUCACCACAUUUAUCACACUGGUGCUGCUCAACCUAACAAGUUACGAUAAACUCUAUUCGGUUACAGUUAUUUAAAUCACUUAUUGAGAUAUUCAUAGAGCAAAAUUAUGUUUCACUGAGAUGGUUUGUAUCUGUCACCGUAAGAAACAAAGUGAAAAGUCACUGCAGGGGAGGAGAGAGUGUGCAUCUUCUGCUCAGUGUAGUGAGACAAGAACACACAAAACCACAUCCUGAGACUCACUGUUUGACUGUCCUCCAUCACCUCGUCGUCUUAGUCUCCCUGCUGUUGCUACGCAGAGCAAACAGGCAGAAGUCAUUUCACGUUAAGAAUUUAGGAUUUUAAAAAAGUCAGAAAUAAGGUUUUCGCUUUAAAUGAUCAAACACAUAAAGCUUGAAUUAUGCUGUUUUUUGAGGGUUUUUAUUAACAGUAACUUGAAACAAGUGAGUCCCUUCAUUGCGAGUCACGAAUCUGCUCAAGCUGAAACCAAUUUUUUUCUAAAGAAAAGGAAGGUUCUUGUUGAGAGAAAAGCAGGAAAUCGUGGUUUGCCUUUGAAAUAGAUGUGUUGCUCUGGAACACAUAGUUAAAGCAACCAGGUUGCAAAGCUGCUUCUUGCAGAAGUUUGGAUCAAAAUGGCUGCUUUUUCCUCUUUUCAACCUGAUAAUACCUCAUUUCUGUAAAGACCGUUUCAUCAGUGGAUACUUUUGAAGAACAAAACUCAGGCUUCAAAAAUGAUCACAUUUUGUUUUGUCAUGUUUCGUGUGUUUGUUUGUUUUUUCAAACUCAUCCUAAACUCCUUAAAAAGAAGAAGCUGAAAUUGUUUACACUAUUUUUCUCUCUUUUGUUUCUUCCAGGUCAGACCCCAUCAGGUAGGUUUGAAUACUUGAACACAACAUUUAUUCAGCAUUCAUCAUGAUUAUCAUUUUCCCUUUAUGUCACCAUUUGUGCUGAAAAUUGUCAUACAUCUUAACCUCAGUCCCCUUUCACAGCUACAUUUCUCUCUUAUCAUCAGCUUUAAAAUCACUCACCCUCCUUUAUAUCAGCUUUCCAAAUCAAAAUACUAUAUCCUCUAUGUGAGCUGAUAAAUCUUUGGGGAAGAUAAUCUAGAUGGCUGAUGGUGCGGCAGUAUGCUAACACUUAAAGCUCUUGUCAGAAACAUGGUUUGUGUCCAUUUUGGCGCCCUCCUGUGGUUUCUGGCCACAGAUGUCAGUAUGCCCACUCUUAAAGGUCAGAUGUGUAACUUGUAACAAAUGUUUCAUGGGCUGUUUCUUCAGCUGCUAAGUAGACACCUACCUUCUCAUAGGCUAGUUUGACACAUUAGAAGCUACAUUUCGACAUUGUCAAUCAAACCGUUUACAUUAAUUUUAGUCUGUUUUAAAAAUGUCCGAAAAAACUCACAAGCUUGCUUUAAGCACUGCAGCACUGACACAGUCUUGAUAGUUUUAUGUCCAAACCCAGAGUGUAUUUGAACUCAAACCUCAAACCUUUUUAAGUGUUAGCUCAUUGCCACCAUCGUUAAAACCAAGACUUUUACCAACUCAGGGAAUAUGAUAAUGACAUUGUGUUUGGCUAGACUCAUGUUUCCUCAUAAUGUGAAUGUUUCAGCUCCCUCACCCUCACGCAACUCAAACCCAACCUCACCUCCAGUCACCAGUUCACCUGGCAAACCCAUACCUCCAAGCAACAUGACAGCUGCUCCUGUCAUGUCUCCCAGCACCUCAAAAACCGAUCCCGCAUCCAGUAUGUAUUCUAACCCUGUUUACAGCUUUUAGCACAGAUCCAUACUUCUCUACUCUUCAAUGUGGUUUCUAUGACACUGGCCUCUGUAAAAAAAAGGAGCAGGAGAUAAAUCCUUGUACUGUAGCAUUGACCUCAUAUUGCCUCCUGGCAUUAAAUACAGGGUUAUAGGUGACUUCUCAAGUUAUCAGCUGUGUGCUCUUUUGUAUUUUAGAUGUUUUCAACCUGUAGCCAGUGUUGUAGUCGAGUCACCGAACUUUGAGUCCAAGUGGAGUCACAAGUUCUCACUGUUCAAGCCAGAGCUGAGUCCACCUAUAAGACUGAUUGGGAAAUAGUGAGAAUAAACUUAUAAUGGUGUCUCAAACAUCCCAAGCUGAGAGUAGGAAAUAUAAUCUGUGUGAAUACGAUCUACAGCAGCCAUCUUUGUGUAGAGAAGCAAUGCUAAAAAAAACACUGUAGCGCUCUUUUGUUGGCAUGACUAACAUUUUCUUGUAGUGCAGAUGUUUCUACUUCCUAACCUUCACCUUCACCCUCCAUCACAAUCAAUGCUUUCCCUCCAGACACCAGUUCAGCUGGCACCUCACUUCCACUCAUCACGACAGUCGCUCCUGUCGUGACCCCCAGCAACUCCUCAUCUGACCCCAAAUCCCUACACACCGAAAACAAUUUAACCACCACGUCUGGUAAUGUGUUAAGAGCUAGUUUACAGCUUUAUUGGGAACAUUAGUGGGGAAAUCAGCCUGGUAUUGUCCUGACAUUGUGAACAGGUAUUAUACCAGGUGAGACUGUUAGCAGCCAAAUGUUUUUACUCAAAGAUGACUCCCCAUGCUCUCCAUCUUGCAGUCACUCCUAACACUCCUGCACCCAAAAACAACAUCACCACUGUGACCUCACUUCCAAGCACUGAGUCCAGCACCAAAGUGGCUCCUGUCACCCCAGGUUGGGAUUUUCUCAUUUCAAAGCCUGCUGUUUGUUCUUGUAGGACUGCAGUAAGAUUAUAUUCAACCCGUAGGUUUAGACAAAGUGACCAACACUGAAGACAAAAACAAGUCCUAUUGCUUGUUUUGUUUUGUUUUUUUCAACUUGUUUAGCAGGAUCUUUAAUGUUGUACAACCAUGAAAUCAUAUUUUGUUUCUGUUUUUCUGUAAUCUUCUUCAGCCGCCAACGCAACACAACCACCACCACAAUGUGAGUACUGGUGCUUUUUUCCAGAUAUAAAACAAAGUUCAAUUUAUUGCUGUACAGUCUUUCUCUCUGUUUGAUUAUAACUAUCUUUAUCAACUGAAUCUGUACUCAGUGUUAAGGGCCUUCAGAGUCUAACAGCACUUAAAGUGAUUUGGGAUGUGAAAGUGUUCUUGUUAACGAUGAUCUCAGAUUAAUUUCAGUGGGAUUGGGUUGUCGGCAAAAAACUGUUCUUGAAACACAUUUUGCUAUAAUGCAGUCCUGAAUCUCACUGGCAUUAACUGAUGACUGUUUAGCUUUUAAUAACCUCCAUGAGCAGAAAUCUGUAAGCAAAUACAGCUGAGGAUCUGCUCAUACGUCUCUAAACACUCAUUUCUAGUCUGACUGUAAACAACAGAAAUUAACAGAAAAUAAAUUCUUGGUGGGAAACUUUUUAUGGCUGGAAAAAAAAAUGAAAAGGAGCAGUGUUCUAAAUCUUUAUAAAUGUCCAUAACAAGCACCAGUCAAUCCCAGUCUGUAAUGGAGAUGUGUGAUCAUGGGUUGAUCACUAUGACUAUGAUUAGUCCCACCAGUAACGUUGACAACAUUGUCUGAUACAGGCUGAAAAGGACAAUACUAAAAAAUGUCUUUGUGGCAUUUAGAUGUGAGAGAGAUAAAAUAAUCCUUUAUUCGUCUGACAAAAACAAAUUCCAAAUUUACAGCAGUGAUAAAUAAAAAAUGGAAAUUAAAAAAUGAAACUUAGGAGUUAAAAGAUGUAAAAGAAGAUAUAUACAUGAGUGUUAUUUACUUUAUUUUAAAAUAACAAUUUGGGGGGUUGAGUGGGUUUUUUCUCCACUUCAGUGUUUCAUGGCUAACAGAUAGCACCAACUCAAGUCACCACAAAUUUUCUCCCCCAAAGUUUGACCUAAUCCAAAACUCCACACUCUCAGAUUUACGACUGCAAUCCAGCGAGAUGUGCAGACGUUCCUGUGAGGCUUACACAGAGUUCCUUGUGAAAUUGUUCAAAUAAGGAAUGGUUUUAUCCAGCCUCCUUGAAGUGCACUGUAAUCAUAUCUAAUCUGUCAUUUUUGGGGGUAAUUUUGAAGUUGGUGUUUUUUCCUCUGAUCAGACAAUCUAUUCUUUUUUGAGGGGAGCAUAAAAUCAUCACCUGGUCUUUUUACUGUGACCUUGAUCCUCACAACCUUCUCAGGGGUCAGUGUUUGGUUCAUAGUGGAGAGACAGGGCUGUUCUGCUGUGUACCACUGAUGCUGGUUUCUGUGAUUGGAUUAUGAUCAAAUUAGGUUUGUUCAUUGAGUUUACAAAGUUUUUGGCAUUUAUUAUAUAACCCUGAUUUUCUUGUGUGCAGGCUCUUACACCGUCUCAACCAUCCAGUUUGGACUAAAGAUUGACUUAAUAAACUCUACCCAUGGUAACUACUCUGUAAACAUCACUGAUGAGUCCGGACUUCAGACUGAAAAGACCUUUCGUCACUCCAACAAAAACUCAUCACAUGACAUCAAACACCUGAAGCCCUGCACUGAGUACCAGCAUGCUGUGGCACUGAUUCAUGAUGAUGGCAGUGAAACCUUCUGUAUCCACUCUAGAACUGAAACUGCUGAACGAACUACUGGAACCAGUGAGUCUAAAUAACAACUGUUGUCUAAAUGUUUCUUACUUUCUUUGUUAUUGGAGGACUGAGUAAAGAUGUCUGUGCAUCACUUCUUUGUUUCAGAGAGCGGCGACGUUGAAAAAGGAAGCUGCAUCCCAGGAUAUGUUUGUUACAGGAGCGAUUGGGACAUCAGCUCUUUGUUGUCAGUGUCACAUCAAGUUAAGGAGUGCCAAAAUGACUCUACUCAGUUCUGUUUCAAACCUGCUGUCAAAGAUAUUUGCACAAGUGUGACCAUAGACUUCACUUCAGAAAACUGCGUGGACCCUCCCUUAAACCUCACCCAAGAGGUCCCUUUUGGUAUGUACGGUUCAGCUGUCCAAUAUAUUCAACAAUGAUGCAUAAAUCUUACUGUGCCAUAUUAAAUAUUGUUUGAUUUUCUGUUACAGAUUCUUUGGAUGGUAAUGACAUAAAACUAAAACGCCACAACUGAACUUCCUGCAACAAUAGAAACAGAAUUACCUCCAAACUGUGAGGAUCUCACCGUGGAUUACAUCUGUCAGGGUGAGUGAUAAGAAAAAGGGGAGAAACUCUGUCUCAACAGCAGUAUGAUUUAAUUUAAGUCUAUAGAUGAGAAAAAGGAUCUGUGAGUCCCACUAAGACCCUCAUUCAUCCAGCAGUGAAGCUAACAGACAUGUCGACUUUAGAAAUGUUGGUAAAAGUACAAAAGUCACUUCACUUGAAGCAGAAGUCACAUGACUUUAAUCUGAAGGUUAUAAGAGGUGGUGAAGGUAUCGUUUUAAUCUCGGUGAUGAUUUUUUAAUCAUGUUUUAAAUUCAGAGAUAAACACUCUCAGUCACACACACAAACAUCAGUUGAUGAAGAAAUGUUUUUUCUUUUUUAGCCACAGAAAAAGGCAAAUCCAACGAGCCAAAGAGUCCGCCUGAGCUGGAGCCCUUCACAGAUUACAGCUGCACGGGUCAGAUCAAAAAAGGCAACACCACCAAAAACACAUCUCCCAUCACGUUCAGAGUCGACUGUGGUAUGUUGACCUUCACUCUACUUCAGUGUAAUAACAACAAUCCUCUUGUAUUUAGAGAGAAGUCAGGAUACAGAGACUACAGCAGGUAAUGAGUUCAGUCUCAGAAAUCUGAUGUGUUCUUACAGAUCUUCAUCUAACAGUCAAAGUCACAGAGGUGACCAACACUUCCAUUCAGCUGAGCUGGACCACAGACAGUCAGAGAUGUAAAGAUGUUCUCCAGUAUCCAAAGCUCGGCUUUGACUGCAGUUGUGUCUCUGGAUAUCACAGUAAGUAAAGAUGCUUUUAAGUGUCUCAGAAAUUCACUUGUACAUUUUCACACUAAAUUCAUUUUUGUGAAAAUUUGACCACUCUGGUUUCUGGUCCGUUUACCUGAAGAGUGAAAUAAAGUUUGGACAUUUAAAGUUUCUCACCGCUGUUGUCACUAGAGACAUUUUGAUUUAGACAUCCUCUCUGCUGAAAAAAGUAAACAUUUGGAAAAAUAUAUUUGCAGCUGAAAACUGGUGCACAAUUAUUUCACACGAACACAUGCAUCAGAAUAAGUGCAGGGCCAGAGCUGCUAAACUAUCAGUGACUGAUUUGUCUCUAUAUGUCAGCCCUGCUUUUUUUAGUCAAACAAAAAAAGUUCAAUCAGGCGAGAAAAGUUAAUGAAUCACAGAUUGGGGUUAAUUUUACAGAGUUGAUGUGAUAUUGAAUUAUUUUCAGGGUCUCUUUAACCUUUGAGCUGAUCAUAGAGAUGGGGUGACUGAAGGUGUCUGCCCUGAGCUUUAGUGACGUCUGUCUCUGUGGAGUUGGAGGUGAUGGUUGAUGUUGUCACCUGAUACUGAUGAGAUGAUGAAGCCGAUCAAACUGUAAAGACUGAGAGAGAUGGGAAGAGGAUGACUGUACAUAAUGAUAGGAUGAAUUUACUGGAGGAAGAAAAAGACGUAUUUAGAAAAGAGCAGCAGUUGAUGAGGGUCAUCAGAUAGAUGUGACCAGAACAGCUGAAGACCACAGGUGAUAUCAGAGAGUUUGUAAAGAAGUGAACACAACAUAAAACAGAAGAAAAUAGUUUUCCUGACUGAACUUUUGCUAAAGCUUUAUUCAAUAAAACUGUGUUGCAGACGCGGCUAAGAAAUAUCCUGGAAGAACAUCAUGUAACGUCAGUGACCUGAGACCGUACACAGACUAUAAAUGUCAAAUUCAACCCACCUAUGAUGGCAGGAAUGUUCGUCAACCAACCUCUGUUGGAAAAGAAAGGACUAAAGCUGGCAGUAAGUGUCUAAAAACCUUCUCUUCUAGUGACAGUAACAGUCAACAUGGAUAAAAACAAAAACAGACUGUUCAGUGUAAGACAGUGUAAAGAAGUUUGAGAAGUUACAAUAACUCUGCAUCUGAUGACGUGAAUGUCUGUUUGAAAGUCAGUAUCUGUGUAAGAGAACAAACUUUAUUACCGACUCUUUACGGUCAGUUAUUUAAUGAAUGAAACAUGAUUGCUGGUGAUGCUUUUUUAAGUGAAGCUCUAAUGAUCUGUGAAGUAGAGGUCAUUUUCAGAAUAAAAAGAUAUUAUGAUUAUAAUCUUCUGACUCGACUGUGGGGUCAUGAUCCGAGUUAUUCUCUGAAACUGUGUGACACUGAGAUGUAAAUGAAGUUUUUUUUCUUUUCUUUGCAGAACCAGAAGAUAUCAGUUCCAUGGUGGUGACUGUUCCAGAGAAUAAUGUGAUAAAUGUAUCCUGUGAGCAUAGUGAAAAAUUCAAUGGACCUAAAAAGAUAUUCAAAGCAAGUCUUAAAAAUGGUGACACUGUGAUAACACAAGAAAACAGAAAGUGCAAGUUUGAGUUCAGAGACCUGAGCUACUCCACAACAUACCGUCUGCAGGUUUGUUUAAUCCUGAUUAUUUUUUUUUACAAGACUAUCUUUUAAUCUAACUUCUCUUAUUUCUUAAAUUGUAUAAUUCCUGAUCAAGAGUUUCUGUUUUUCCAGGUGUUUCCUUUCAACGGGGAACUUGCUGGCAACUCAAAGAACAAAGAUGUGGACACUCUCUGUAUGAGCUCUUUACAUUUUAUACAAGUGUAAUCUUAUCUACAUUUUAAUCUCAAACAUAAACCGUUAAAACAAAAAUCCUGUCACUUCACAGAUAAUGACAAAGCUCUCAUUGGGUUCCUGGUUUUCCUCAUCAUCCUCACAUCUGUGGCCCUGCUGUUGGUCAUCUAUAAGAUAUUCAUCCUGAAGCGCAGACAGUCCCAGUAAGAAUCCUUCAGUCUAAUCUUCUCUUACAUCAACUUGUUCCCAGUUUUAGAGUCCGUCCAAGUGUCGUCAUUAUCGGUGAAUGAAUGUCUUUGUCUUUCACAGCGACAUGAGUGAACACAUUAAGCUUAUUCCAUCGAGUAAGUAGACUUAAAAUUAAUUUUAUUGUUUCUUAGAUGGUACAUGAAAAGAAAUAAUUCAUUAUGAAGUAAAAGCUUUGUCAAUAGUUUCUUUCUGCUCUGAUAUCGUUUUGUUUCUGUAUCAUGUUUCCUAUUCGGUUUAUAGAUGAAGAGAACCUGCUGACCGUUGAGCCCAUUCCUGCCGACUCCCUGCUGGAGGCCUACAAGACGAAGCUGGCAGACGAGGGGAGACUUUUCCUAGCCGAGUUUCAGGUUUGACAUUUGUGUUUCAAGUUGUUAUUAACAUUUUUAUAUUGUUCUUAUCCUUGAAUCAAAAAGUCUGGGUGAACUCUUCGUCCUCCUGUACUUCGGUCUCUGACAUGACUUGUUUCUACCUCCAGAGCAUCCCCAGAAUCUUCUCAAGGUACUCUGUGAAGGAGGCCAAAAAGCCCUGCAAUUCUCCCAAGAACCGCUAUGUGGAUAUCCUGCCAUGUGAGUUGGAGUCUGGCCUAACAUUUUCAUGGAGAACAGACGUCACAUCUAUCUCUAAGUUUCUAGCAUCUGUGCACAAGAAAGAUGUUUUCACUGGUCUUCACUUUACAUGGCUCCAAAGAAUAUUAUACGCAGCAACUUUUUAAAAAUGUCCUCCUCUCUCAAAGACGCUUUUUGCGUCAUAGCAACAAUAACCGUCCCCUAUAGUAAAUAGCUACACGCUCUAAACCUUAUUUCUGAAAAAAACAGAGGAUUUGAACUCUUAGCUUUUUAAAUUUUUUAAACUCAAUUAUUUAAUAAAAUUAAAUAAAUCAAUGAAUUAAACUGACUGACUCUGAUUAUAACUUCCCCAUGGUCAGUCAUCAUUGAAACGACAGUAAGAGUGUUAGGCACUAGAUUUUGUUACAGUUAAUGUUUUUUUAUUUUACAUUGAACAACUCUAAGUCGUCUUUUUUAGUGUCAGCAGAUGUAGAAAGCUGUUAGUGUGUGUAUUUGGAUAUAAUAUUAUAACACAGAAGGAUGGAGUAUUCUGUAAUAGGAAGAAAAUUAAGCCAUUUUCUGAUUUAAUUUAUAUGUUUUUUUUUCUUUACCAUUGAUUUUCUUUUUGGGCAGCACAGUAGUGUAGUGGUUAGCACUGUCGCCUCACGGCAAGAAGGUCCUGGGCUCAGGGUGUUUCUGUGUGGAGUUUGCAUGUUCUCCCUGUGUCUGCGUGGUUUUACUCCAGGUACUCGGGUUUCCUCCCACAUCCCAAAAACAUGCAGAAGUGGGGUUAACUUAAUUGGCCACUUUCAAAUUGCCCAUAGGUGUGAAUGUGAGCGUGGAUGGUUGUUUGUCUCUAUAUGUCAGCCCUGCAAUGAAAUGGCGACUUGUCCAGGGUGUCCCCUGCCUUCGCCCAAGGAUGCUGGGAUAGGCUCCAGCCCCCCUGCAACCCCGAGAACGGGAAUAAGCAGUAGAAAACGGAUGGAUGGAUGUUUUUCUUUUUUCAUUGAGCAAACAUUGGCAUUGACAUAUUUACAUAUUGAACUUUACCUCUCCAUCUUCCUUCUUCUCUUUUUUAACCUCUUUAGUUCAUAUGACAAAAAAUAGUUUCACACUACAGUCAAACUACAAAGUAAUUGUCCUGGCGUUAAAAGUGAUAAUGGCAGCAAGAGCAUAACAUGGAGUGUUGCUUACCUACACAAUCUAUACUCUCUAUCUCUUUUUUAGUACAACAAACUGCAUCAGGAAGAACAGAUGUUUGCAUCCUUUGUAAUGUCUAUCCUUUCCUGAGUUUUAGAUCUGGUAUAACUAUGAUAUUGUAUACGUCAUCUUUUUGUAGCCGGUGUUUUAAGCUUGUUAGUGUCUCCUCUGUGAUUUUUUUUGAUAACAGUUUUCUUUUUCUGUAGAUGACUACAACCGUGUGCAGCUGACCACCGGGAACGGAGAGGCAGGAUGUGACUACAUCAACGCCAGCUUCAUCGAUGUAGGAAAAAUAUACGUACCUAUAACACCAAAAGGCUUUUUCCUUUACUGUUUCAUUUAUACAAACUAUCAAGCUUUAACUAACCAUCAAAAAGUUAAUUGUAAAAGCAGGUUUAGACCCGUGACAGGGCCAAAUUAGGGACUUAACAGAGUCGAAGUGAAUUUAACGACAUAUUGAUCAUGAUUUAUUCUCCUGCUACAGGGAUACAAGGAAUCCAAGAAGUACAUUGCAGCUCAAGGUAAAGACAAACAUUUCUAUCUUUACUUAUUCGGCUCCAAAAAUGUGCAUUACUAUACUGUAUGUCUUAAAAUAAUGAUGAUGAUGGUUGUGGGUCAAAGGGCCAAAGGAGGAGACCGUGUGUGACUUCUGGAGGAUGAUCUGGGAGCAGCAGUCCUCUAUCAUCGUCAUGGUGACACGCUGUGAAGAGGGAAACAGGGUAAGUGUAAGAGUUUGGACUCUUCUCUAACUUGAUAAAACAUUGUUUUUAGUUUUAAAGUUACAGGUUAAACUCUGUCUUCGACUGACAGAAUAAAACAGCUCAUUGUCACUUGACUAAAUGCAGUCUUUUCUUAAACAUCAUCACAGCUACACUCUCACAUACACUUCAGAAAUAAAACAAAUUUACACCAACACUGCCUGUAAAAAAACUCUGCAGUCCGUCUCGUCUGGUUUCAUCUGCUGCUUUCUAUUUUAAAACCACCGUCUGCUUAUGUGACCUUUGGGGUAAAAGGCUCAGUCUAACACUCUCACUGAUGCGUUCAUGAUUUGUGUAAGCAGACUUUCAUAACUUUCUCUCUCCCCUAAUGUGUCGUAGGUGAAGUGUGCGCAGUACUGGCCCUCUCCAGAACGUGAUACGGAGAUCUUUGAAGAGUUUAUAGUGAAGCUGAACUCUGAGGAAAACUGCCCUGAUUACACCAUCCGUCAUCUCAGCCUCACAAAUGUGAGUGCGGCGGGUUAUGAAAUGAUGCAGCUGUAUGGUACAAUUUUGCAUGUUUUGAUUGACAGGAUGCAAAUCUGCAUUUCUGUGUGAUUGCAGAAGAGGGAGAAAAACUCAGAGAGGGAGGUGACUCACAUCCAGUUCAUAAGUUGGCCUGACCACGGCGUCCCCGGGGAGCCACAUCUCCUCCUGAAGCUGAGGCGGCGUGUUAAUGCUUUUAAGAACUUCUUCAGCGGCCCCAUCGUUGUUCACUGCAGGUCAGGACACCGCCCUGUACUACAUUAACCUAACAUUAAUUUAUGCUUGUACUGCAAAAAUCAGAAACAUUGAAUCUGCUAAAAGUAAGAGAAGUUGCGUCUGUACCUAAUUGACAUGCACAAUAAUGUGAAUUAACAUUAACAAUGUCGAUGUCGUUGUUACCUUAUGUGUAGUGCGGGAGUUGGCAGGACGGGCACUUACAUUGGCAUCGAUGCGAUGAUGGAGGGUCUGGAGGCGGAGGGCAGAGUGGACAUCUAUGGUUAUGUCAUCCAGCUCCGCAGACAGAGGUGUCUCAUGGUUCAAGUGGAGGUAAACUUAUUUAGAUCACAGUUUUUAAGAAAAAAGAAAAGAAAACGAAAGUCUGGUGCGCAGCUUCUCUUUGACCCAUAUCUGUGGGCUGCAUAGAAAUCAGAGAUGUAAGAGAGCGCUGUGUAUGAAUAUUAUUAUAUCUACAUACAUUUGAACAAUAGGGUAUGUUUAAGGCGUCAGUUAAAGUUGAAGUUUGUCCCUCCACAGGCCCAGUACAUCUUGAUUCACCAGGCACUGCUGGAGCACAACCAGUUUGGAGAGACUGAGACCACUCUGGCAGAGUUGCACAGCACAGUGAGCACGCUCAAACACAAAAACGCAGACAACGAACCCACCUUGAUGGAGGAGGAGUUUGAGGUACAAGACUCUGUUAUUCUUUAUUUCUUAAAAAAGGAUUUGAUCAUCUCAAUUUUCUCAGAAAUUGUUGUAUUAUUUAACUUUGCUUUUUCACUCCUUGUUACAAUAUAUGGAUAUAAAUGAAACUGAUAUGGCCCACUUGAUGAUUAAAAGAAAAAGUGCUUGUUUUAAUUCAGAGACUCCCAACCUUUAAAAACUGGAGGACAUUUAACUCUGGGGUCACAGAGGAAAACAAGAAGAAGAAUCGGUCCUCGUCUGUCAUCCCAUGUGAGUGUCACCUGAACACUGAGUUUACAUCAAACAUCGUCUGACAUACAACAGUUCAAGUGCACCUGUGUGUGUUAACUGUGCACCUGCAUUCAUGUAACAGAAUCAAAAAGUUCUGCUGUUCUUGUUUUUGUGUCUCAUCAGACGACUAUAAUCGAGUGUUGCUGAAGCUUGAUGAAGGGCGCAGCCAUGACAGUGACCCUGAUGAGGACGAAGAAGAAGAGUCAUCAGAUGAGGAGGAUGAGGAGUCCAGUAAAUACAUCAACGCCUCACAUAUUGAGGUUUGUUUUAACUUUAAGCUCAUCCUGACACUAACAAGGUUGGCUUCAUUUUUUAUUACAUUUGCUGUGUCUUUAAUUCUGUUUGGACUUUUGCACAUCAAUCAACAUUUCUUCUCCGCUCAGGGUUACUGGGGCCCACGCUACUUCAUCGCCGCACAGACUCCACUGCCAGACACCAUGGCUGACUUCUGGUGCAUGAUCUACCAGAAGAAAGUAUCUACAAUCGUCAUGCUGUCAGACAGCAGUGAGGCAGAGAAGGUGGUGAAAUAUGAUGUUUUACGAUGUUGUCUGGUAGACCUCACACACCUGCUCAUGGUACUGACACGUAGAAAUAUGUGCGACCUCUUCUUCUCAGGAGUCUGAUUGUGUCUACUGGGAUAAAGAAAAGAAAACAUUCGGUGACUUUGAGGUGGAGGUAGCGAGCACAGACAUCACCCCGACCUUUACCACGCGCAACAUGCUGCUCCGCCACGUGAAGGUAACACAACGGCAGCAAAGUCUGCUCGACCUGCCGCUCAAGAUUUAUCCAUACCAGCCUGUUAUGAGCCUGUUUUAACCUCACUUUGCUCCUGCCGACAGAGGAAAGAGUCCCAGCCAGUGAAACACUUCCAGUUCCUGAAAUGGGGGAGCGAAGAGCUGCCAGAGAAAGCUCAGAAUCUGACAGACAUGAUAAAAGACAUCAAGCACAGCCGUGGAAGUGGAAAACCACAGGGGAGCAGUCCCAUUGUGGUCCACUGCAAGUAAGACAACCUCUCUGAAAAUGACUUUCUUCAAUCUUAGCUCUUUAAUGCCUGACACCACAAACUAUGGCCAGAAAAUUCACAUUUUUUUGGAGCUAAAAACCAAAAAAAUCAAACUGUCCUUAAAAUUUAACAAAUAUAUUUAUUUAUCUCGUUUGAUACAUUAGAUGUUUUUGGAAACUAAUAAACUACAAGAGGACAUUUUUAUCAUUUAUCGGACUGUAUUCAGGUGUUUUUUCUGUAGUUUGUUGAUUUGAUAGAAGUAUAUAAAUGCAUGUAUCAAAUAUGACACAAAAGGCAUCACAGGGUUAGAGGAGUGAUGAACAUCAAUAUAACUGAAACAAUCAAGGUUAUUUAUCACAUUUUGCUCAGAAUCAAUCAGACUUAAAGUAUUCAGGGCUUCAUUUUAGGCCUAUCAAAUAACCUAUAACUGUGCACAUGAAGCAGGGACGAUUGUUUUCUUUGCUAUCAGUUACAACGAUGUCAAUUAUGUUGGUCUUUAACUUAAACUACGAGUGUUUAUUUGGUAACACAUACAAUUAAAAAACUAAUAUGUGUCUAAUAGAGCAUCCCGUAGGUAUGAUCAGCUCUCCAAAGAGCCUUUUAAGGAGUGGAAAAGUUUUCACUUAUGCAUGUAGUAAAAUACAUUUAUUUAAGGAUCUUAAAAUAAAGAGUAAGUGGGAGAUUUCAGACAAAAAUAAAACAGAGAUAGCUAACUAAGGUGGAAAAGACAGGACAGAGUAUGCAAAGAGAAUGAGUUGUUGGUGGCUGCCGUAAAAAAAAAAAACAAGCUGUAGGACAUUUUUGGAUCGUCUUCAGACAGUGGUUAGAAUAAUUAGCUCAGGCUGUUUCAUAUUUGAAUAAACUAAUGCAUUUAAGACACUCUCAUGAUAGUUAUAUAUGGUCGUUUUGAUGUGAGAAAUGUUUAUAUUUCAGGUAUUAAUAUCUCCAUGGUCAGUGAUUGUUUCAAUUGUUAAUAAAAUGUAUUCACUGAUCAAUAAAAUUGCCUGAGGGAAAUAAGAAAGCCUCCCCGACAGAUACUACAGGGAGGGUCUUUUUACACAAAAUAUACCUUUAAACAUGUGUAAAUUAAUUUUAUUAGUGUGUGAUUGUUAAGAUAUCAGUACCAACAAACAAAGUAAAAUAUAUUCAGUGCAAAUGAAAAGUGUUUAGGAUUUUAAACCAGUUGAAUGGGAAACACUUUAAAAGUAGGGUCAAAGAAGUUCAUCCUUGAGCUAAGAUACAGUUAACCACAGCUAAGAAAAAUAUCAGGGGGAAAUGUGUAACUCUAACCUUUGUGUGUGUGUCUGUGUGUGUGUGUGUGUCUCAUCAGUGAUGGCUCGCACCGCACUGGGGUUUUCUGCGCUCUGUGGAACGUGCUGGACAGCGCUGAGACGGAGAAGUUGGUGGAUGUUUUUCAGGUGGUCAAAACUCUGCGCAAGGAGAGACAGGGCAUGCUCCCCAGUCUGGUAAGAAAGAGGAAGUGGCAGCACACAGUUACACAACCUCAUCUUCUUACAGCGCCAUAAAGGUCUGCUGAGGUUAAGAAAAAGUUUGAAAUAGUUUUUUUCUGAGCGUGAUCUUCCCACCAGCACUUCUCCCGAGCCUUGUCUGGCUUCCUUUGAUUGCAGUAAGAAUAAUCUCCUCCUUUUUGAUUCGGCUGCAGCCUUUCACAGAGAAUCAAAGGUUGAGGCUUAUGACAAAUAUAGAUAUAUAUGAGAAAGCUAAAAAUAUCAGUGGGUUAGUUCCUCCUCUGGGACUUACUGACUCAGUAGCCCUCAGUCCAGACCACCACUGAAACUUUUGAAAAGAGGUUAUUUUUACUGUCAUUUCAAACCCACAGGACACCUAAAACAUUUGCUGCUCUACUGAGAAUGAAAUGGGAACUGAAAAGAAUAUUUCAGCCUCACUUGAUGCUUGUUUUGCAUUCACAACAUCCUGUUACAAAGAAAUUGAUUUUGUUCAAGAGCGGGAUUUCUUUUAACCAUUUUUGGAUAAAAUUGAAAGUUUAUUUUACACAGAAAUGCUCUAUAACAGACAGCGUAUGUCAGGUGUCAGCAACACGUGUCAAGAGUGUUAGUGGUUUUUGUUUCGUUAUUUGAACAGGCUUUACUUCAGCUGCCACCAGAUAUAUAAAUUAAAGAUAAUAUCUGUAGCUUUUAUUUUAAGUGGUUUUAGUAUAGACUCUUACAAAGGCAGUACAGUGUUACACUUUUCUUAAUGUUUCCUCUCAAAUCCACCUUUGUCUCGAACAGGAGCUGUACCAGUUCUUGUAUGACGCACUGGAAGGAGUCUACCCCGUUCAGAAUGGAGAAGUGAAAGCAGCUCAGUCCUCUGCAGCUGACUCUGUCCAGAUUGUAAAUGAAACCAAAGCAGCAGGAGCAGCAGCAGCAGAGCAGCCAGCUGAGAAGACUGAGCAGCCAGCCAGCACUACCAGCAACAGCCAGCAGGGGGCAGCGGCGAGCGCCUCUCCUGUGUCUGAUGGAGGGAAGGGAGACCAAAAAGAGGAGGCUGGAAAGGCUCCCACAGAGACAUCAUCACCGGAGGACCUGAGUAACGGUCCUACAGUCACUGUGGAGGUCUGA